AUGUGGUGCUGUGGCGAUAACGUCCAGGCGCCCACAAAUCGAUAUUAUCAUGGCAUCGCUGCCUCUUUCGGACUUUGCCUUUUCCGCGCGUUCGACCCCUUCCGGAUCCUGGUGUGCGGCGGGGACGGCUCGGCCGCCUGGGUCCUCAAAGAGAUCGACAAGCUCGGGAUGCAGGCGAGGGUUUCUUUGGUGGAGCAGAAACAGUGCCAGGUCGGGGUGCUGCCGCUCGGGACGGGGAACGACCUGGCGCGGGUGCUCGGCUGGGGAUCCAACGUGGACGACGGGGCGCACCUCCCGACGCUGCUCGAGAGAUACGAGAAGGCGGCGAGCAAGAUGGUUGAUAGGUUCCCGCUCCGGAAGCCGUCGCACAUGUACCCGACCCCGUCCGCGUCACCGUCGUCGUCGCCGUCCCCGACCCCGCACGGAGCCGGGGCCGGGGGGGGCUCCCUCGAGUCCCACUCCCUCAUGUCGGCAUACGAGGAGUCUGUGCUCUUCCACCUGUCCCGGAUCCUCAACUCGGAUCAGCACGAGGAGAUCAUCGAGUCCUCCAGGAUCCUCUGCGAGACCGUGAAGGCGCUGAUCCGCCGGGUCGGGGAGGCGUGCGCGGAGCGGACGGUGCGGCACGAGGGGGGCGAGAACUCCAUCAGCCAGAAGUGCGGGGUGCUCAACCAGAAGCUGGACUCGUUGCUCCGUGCGCUGCACCAGGAGACGGACGCGUUCAAGGCCGACCUCGACCAGAACCUUGACGAGGUGGAGGAAUUGAGCAACGAGGAGGACGAUGAGGAAGAGGAGGAGGAGGAAGAGGAAGAGGAGGAAGGGAGAGAGAAGGUGAGGAAGACGGAGGUGGAAGUGGAGGACGAGGACGAAGACGAAGACGAGGACGAGGACGAGGACGAGGACGAGUGCCCCGAGAGCGUCAGGCAGGUGGCGGUGCCGUACGAGUACCGACCUCUCCUGUCCGCACGGCGGAAGAAGGUUCAACACAAGAGGGUGAAGCAGCGAGUGCGGUUCACGGAGAGCGAGGUCCUCAUGUCCCGUGCCAACAGUCUGAAGAAGGCCAUCCGACAGGUGAUCGAGCACGCGGAGCUGGCCCUCGACGAACCCUCGGACAAGGAGGUUAGUGCGUCGGCACGGGUUUGUGCCAGUCAUUCGUGA